CACAAGAUGACACCUUCCAGAAAUGGCUCUGCCUCCAUGGGGGUGUCAGACUUCCUCCUGAACUGUUUUGUCAGGUCCCCCAGCUGGCAGCUCUGGCUGUCCCUGCCCCUCAGCCUCCUCUUCCUCCUGGCCAUGGGGGCCAAUAUUAUUCUCCUGAUCACCAUCAAGCUGGAGGCUUCACUGCACCAACCCAUGUACUACCUGCUCAGCCUCCUCUCCAUUCUGGACAUGGUGCUCUGUCUCACUGUUAUUCCAAAGGUCCUGGCCAUCUUCUGGUUUGACCUCAGAUCCAUCAGCUUCUUUGCCUGCUUCCUCCAGAUGUACAUCAUGAAUUGCUUCCCGGCCAUGGAGUCCUGCACAUUUAUGGUCAUGGCCUAUGACCACUAUGUGGCCAUCUGUCACCCACUGAGGUACCCAUCCAUCAUCUCUGAUCAAUUUGUAGCCAAAGCUGCCAUUUUUAUUUUGGCCAGAAAUGCCCUUCUUACUGUGUCCAUUCCCAUCCUUUCUGCCAGACUCAGUUACUGUGGGAGAAAUGUCAUUGAAAACUGCAUCUGUGCCAAUAUGUCUGUCUCCAGGCUCUCUUGUGAUGAUGUCACCAUCAAUUGCCUCCUCCAGUUUGCUGGAGGUUGGACCCUGCUAGGAUCUGACCUCAUACUUAUCUUCUUCUCCUACACCCUCAUACUGAGAGCUGUGCUGAGACUCAAGGCAGAGGGGGCUGUGACCAAGGCCCUAAGCACAUGUGGCUCCCACUUCAUUCUCAUCCUCUUCUUUAGCACCAUCCUCCUGGUCUUUGUCCUCACUCACCUGGCUAAAAAGAAGGUCUCCCCUGAUGUGCCAGUCUUGCUCAAUGUCCUCCACCAUGUCAUACCUGCAGCCCUCAAUCCCAUUGUGUGUGGGGUACGAACCCAGGAAAUUAAGCAAGGAAUCCAGAGACUAUUGAAGAAAGUGUGGUGA